AUAGUAGCUGACAAGUUGCUUCAUAUUAAGUACAUGUCUGUCUGAACUUUCGGCCUGUUUGAUCAAAAUGCGACAGCAGACCCGGCGUGUAUUACAAGGGGUGGCAUUCUGCGUGUUGUUUGUGGGUGUGGCUGUGUUUAUGAGGGUGUUCUUUCAAUGGAAGGACUACAACACAACGCUGAGAGAAUAUAUCGGCAACCCUUCACUGGUGUCUCAAGAAGGAACCGAAACCGACGAAAAGGUAAUAAAUCCGUCAAUAGAGAUGGCGACCACAUUAACUGCUGACGUCACUACUUUGACGUCACCGGGUGAAGUGACCAAGUCAAAACCCCCAGUUUCGGCAACAACUAAAUCCCAGAAACCACUAAUAGUGGACUCGACUAGUUCUGCUCCAACGUUAUCAAUUAUUGAUUAUUCAUCGUCGACACCCAUGGUUUCAACGCCAAGCUUAAAACAAAAGAGCGAUUCCCUCAAGGUCCCUGCGUCUUCCACUUCUGAUAAAUCCGAAAAACAGCCAACCGUUUCAAAAGAGAGGGUAAAUGACAGGCUGGACACUGAAGACGAAAAGGCCACUGCUCUCAGACAGGAUUCGGUGAAGUCCGUCGACCAGGUCAAGACUGUGAAAGGCGACACUGUCAGAAAACCACUCAAGCCUGGCCCCGUCAGUGUCCAACCCGAACAGAAAACAAUCAUUCAAAAAUCAACAAAAGACGAGCAGGUAAAACCAACAGUUGUCCAGAAACCAGCCAAGGGGGACAGACGACAGCCUGCCGCACGCCAAACGCCUGUCAACGCUGCAACGACCAAAAAGCGUGCCCCAACUACUCGAAAGGGACCUAGAGACCUUUCCACUCAGCGCCAAACGCGUAGUCCUACGACUCCAGUCCCCUCACCGUCCCACUUCGGUGUGAUUUUCGACGAGUUCCAUCCUCACUUUCAGUUUCAUGACGAUAACAUCCACAUGGUGGCGGAUCCCUCCAGUACGCGGGGCAAGGCAGGGGACUACGAUGUUCUAGAGAGAGAUUAUUUCAGGUAUCUCGCUCGAAUUCAGUUUGACUGCCGUAGACGGGAACCAGCAGGAAAAGUCGACUACAUAGAUGACAGCUGGGAGCUGUGUCAAGAUCCGCCAUACGAUCUAGUCAAAGACAAGUGCUUGGUGUAUUCCUUCGAGUAA